GUUCGCCGCAAUUCCCACCCCCCCCCCCCCCCUCCCCCAAAACACUGCCGCACCACGCCUCGUUCCCGCGGACUCCGACCUCUCCCGAAUCCCUUUCUCUCCUUUGCCCGCCUAUUUAAACCUCUCCCUCUAUUCCCAAACCCCAACAUCUCCACUUGACUAAUCCACAGUUCCACUCUCUGAUUCUCAAUUUUCAAUUUCUUAAUAGAGAAGAAGCGAUCGGAUUAAGCGAUGAGUGAUGACGAGCUGAUUCCGGGGCUACCGGAGGAAGUGGCCCGGGAAUGCCUGCUGCGCGUGGGAUUCGACCAGCUGCCGUCGGCGAGGAGCACGUCGCGGCGGUGGAAGGCGGAGGUCGAGUCGCCGUUCUACCACCGCCUCCGCAGGGCCCGCGGCAUGGCGCGCCCGCUCCUCGCCCUCGCCCAGGCCGAGCCGCCGCUCGCCGCCGCCGGCCCGGCUAACAAGUACGCCGGCCUGUCCACCUCCUACCGCCUCGUCCUCCACGACCCCGUCGCCGGCGGCUGGGCCGCGCUGCCGCCGCUCCCCGGCGCCGGUGGGCUGCCGCUCUUCUGCCAGCUCGCCGCGGUGGCGGCGUGCGGCGGGGAGAGGAGGCGGCUGGUGGUGGUCGGCGGGUGGGAUCCCGAGACGUGGGCGCCGACGGACGCGGUGCACGUGUACGACUUCCUGUCCGGGUCGUGGCGGCGCGGCGCGGCGAUGCCUGGACCGAGGCGGUCGUUCUUCGCGUGCGCCGCGGUGGGGAGGUGGGUGUUCGUCGCCGGCGGGCACGACGAGGAGAAGAACGCGCUGCGGUCGGCGGUCGCGUACGACGCCGAGGCCGACGCGUGGGUGCCGCUCCCGGACAUGGCGGCGGAGCGGGACGAGGCCAGGGGCGUCUGCGUCGGCGGCAGGUUCGUCGCCGUCGGCGGGUACCCGACGGAGGCGCAGGGCCGGUUCGCCGGCUCCGCCGAGGCGUUCGACCCGGCCGCGUGGGCGUGGGGCCCCGUGCAGGAGCGUGUCCUCGACGAGGGGACGUGCCCGAGGACGUGCUGCGCCGCGCCGGCGCCCGCGGCGGGCGCGACGAUGUACAUGCUCCGCGACGGCCACCUCGCGGCGCGCGACGCCACGAACAACGGCGGCGCCGCGUGGCGGGCGGUGGCGAGCCUGCCCGAGGACGGCCGCGCGGUGACGGCCCUCGCCGCCAUCGGGGACGGCCGCGUGGUCGCCAUCGGCGCGGGGAGCCACGGCGGCGAGCAGGCGGUGUACCUGCUCACCACCGGGGAGGGCGGCGACAAGAACGGCGCGGCGCAGUCGUGGGCGCGCGCCGCGGCGCCGCCGGAGUUCGCGGGGUACGUGCAGGCCGCGUGCUGCGUCGAAGUAUAACGAUACGUGCAAGUAAUGUACGUACAGAAACGUACACUGUACGUACGUACAUAUGCGCGCGCGCGCGCGCGAUUGUGUAUACGUUUUUGUGCGCAAUUUUUAUAGUGUAUAUGUUUGUGUUGUACACUUAAAGCUCAGCGUUUCGUAUAUACGAUGAUCCGAGAUGGAGAUGAUCAGUUUUGCAUAAGCUCUGUUUUGUUUGUUUACUUCACAUAAGCAGAUAAGCUCAUUGGAGUCU